UUCCUGCCAUUGCUGCCGCGCCCGCUGAUCCGCCGCCUGCCUGCCGCCCCCGCUGCUUCGUUCCCCUCCCUCCUCGGCCUCCGCCAAAGCCAGCAUCCUGAAUCGGAGAAGCGAGAGCAGGGAUUUCUGGGAUUUUACCUCCCCUGAAUCGGCUCGAUGGGCUCGCUGGUCUCCUGCAUGUCCGAUCCUUGCCCGUCGGCGUCCCCGCCGCCGCAGGCGAAGCGGCGCUCCUCCACCUCCUCCCGCGGCCGUGGCGGCGGCGGCGGCGGGAGGGACUCCGCCAAGGCCACCAUGGCCAUCGACGAGGAGGCGUUGGCCGCCGCCGCGGCGCUCGUGCUGGGGCAGCGGGGCGCCGUGGGGGCGUUCGAGCGGUCUGCGUCGGUGCGCUGCGCGGCCAAGCGCCAGGGCCAGGGCCCGCCGCUGCCCCGGAGCAGCAGCACGCGCCCGAGGUCGCUCGCCGACCCCGAGCUCCAGCCGCAGCACCUGCUCGCCAAGGAUUUGAAUACUAAGGAUUUGGAAACAAACAUCAUUGUUCUCGUUCAUGGUGGUGGCUUUGGUGCUUGGUGUUGGUACAAGACUAUAUCACUUCUUGAAGAUAGUGGGUUCAAAGUUAAUGCCAUUGACUUAACGGGCUCAGGGAUUCACUCUUAUGACACAAACAAGAUUAGCAGUCUUUCAGAGUAUUCUGAACCACUUACAUCUUACCUUAAAGGCUUAGGUGAUGCUCAAAAGGUGAUUUUGGUUGGACAUGAUUUUGGUGGUGCAUGUAUAUCCUACGCAAUGGAGAUGUUCCCGUCCAAAGUUGCCAAGGCUGUUUUCCUCUGCGCAGCAAUGCUGACAAAUAGACACAGUGCCCUUGGCAUGUUCCAACAGCAGAUGGACACAAAUGGCACUCUCCAAAAGGCACAGGAAUUCAUAUACUCCAACGGCAAGGACCGGCCUCCAACCGCCAUCAACAUCGACAAGGCACUGCUGAGAGGCUUGUUAUUCAACCAGAGCCCUUCCAAGGAUGUGUCGCUGGCCUCAGUGUCGAUGAGGCCCAUCCCCUUCGCCCCUCUGCUGGAAAAGCUCGUGCUAACCGCUGAGAACUACGGCUCGGUGCGGCGGUUCUACGUGGAGACCACGGAGGACAACGCCAUUCCCCUCCCUCUACAGCAGAGCAUGUGUGGCACCAACCCGCCGGAGAAGGUGCUGCGUCUGAAGGGGGCAGACCACGCGCCUUUCUUCUCCGAACCACAGGCGCUGCACAAGACACUGGUCGAGAUAGCCACCAUGCCUCCGGUCCAGGCGUCUUGAGAUCACGUUUUCAUAGCUUCAGGUUUUGCCGGCAGGUGAGCGUGCAUGGCUGGUGUACAUGCUGAGGAUGUAAGGAUGUUGUCAGAGGUGCGGCGGCAUAGCAGGGCUAUAGAAUCUCUCACCGUCAUUUCUGAAGAUGCAUGUGGCAUCCUUCGGUUGUGGACUGACAUGGUGACAUCUUGAUCUUCGGGGCAACUAUCACUACUGAAUCCCGUCUAGAAAAAGUUUGGAAAGGUGAAAUUUCACGAGAUUUCUGUGAUGCUUCAGCUUAUGUGAAAUUUCACAUUUCAGAUAUAGGGCCUUGACCACUUCAGUAUGUGUAACUCUACAACAGCCAAAAAGGAAAAUGAUAGUAAAGAAACAUCUUUUUUUCUCUCU